UAUAAGAAAACCAGCACACAGCGGAAAAAAGUUACUUAUUUUAUCAUUACUUUCACCAUAGAAAUUUUCAACCAUUGAAAAUAUGCCUCUAUAGGAAUAUCAUCGGAAUGCUUGGUGACGGCGCUGGAUAUCAUAAAACAAAUGCCGUGAAGUGUUAUUAAUUCACUUAUCAGGGCUGUACAGCGACUACUAUUGACCGUCCAGCGCCGGAGCCUGUAUGUUUUUCCUAUGCCUGUGGAAGACGUGAGGGGAGCUGAAGCAGGGGCAUGUAACCCAACCAGGCGCUGCUGGGAUCGAAAACCCUAAAAAGGCUCCGACCGAUCGCCAUCAGACAGCUUGCAGAGAUGUGCCCACAUACAGCAGGGUCUGUGGCGUGACAGAGACUUGAGAAAAACAUACCCAAUGUAUGGGUGACUCUCUGCUGCAACACUGAAAACAAGGGAUGGACAACGACACAAGUCAUGGAGGUGAAGUUGGAGAACUGGUGGUGGAGGAUGAGUUUGCGUGUGCUGGGAUGCUGCGAGGCUCUCUGACGUCCCUUCAUAGCUCCGUGGAGAGGAUAUUCAGGGUGUCCUUUGGGAUUGAGACGGACGAUUUGCCCCAUGGGAGCAACGGGCAGAUAUGGCUGAAACUGAGAGGACUGAACAAAGAUGUGUCAGCUGCCAAAUCGUUUGUGAAAGGACUGGUUAACCAGGAGCGGCAGCAGGAGGUUUCCUAUCCCGGGUCCCUUCACUGUGUCUUCUGUGGAGCCAGAGGGCUGUUCAUGGACUGCCUGAUCAAAAACACGUCAGCACAUAUUGUGGUCGGCUCGCCAGGAUUCCUGCUUAUUUCAGGUCUGAUGGAGCCUGUAGUGCAAGCUUACUCCCUUAUCACAGACCUGGUGGAGAGGUAUGAAAGCACCCAGAGCCGGCGCAGUGAGACUGGGGACAGAGGCUUUGGUGAAUCCCUGGAGUCACGACGGGCCUUCAAGUCUCUGGUGGAGAAAUGGGAGGACAGGCACACGCUGGAUCUUCUGGUGUUACCAGGGUCGGUGAAGGAAAUCCUGCUGGAUUUGGUGAGGGAAUCUGGACUUGAUUCUAGCCAGGGUCUGGAAGACUUUGCUUCAAAUGGAGCAGGACACAGCCAGAGAAUAUCCAAAACACUGAUACAUGGGAGUCCAGGCACUAGAUUAAGUGGGGAAUCAGGAGCUAUGUGGGACAAUCCCUCCUCCACAGCACACACAAUUCCUGGGAGUUAUAUCGAUAAUUUGGGUGAUGCGAUGACCGGAGUUUUGGGGGCACAUGCGGCAGGCAGAGACCCACAUUUACUUUCUUUCUCCUCCUAUGUGGGUACCCAGAGGAGGGCAGCGGGUGUUGAGGAAAGACAGGUGCGUUCCCCACAGGAGGUGGGAGAGGAGGGACAGCCAGACGAGGCAGAUCAGUGGAAGAUGGAGCAUGAAAAGAAAGAGGACGUGAGUGAGGAAGAAGGGGAGCUGCUGCUGUCUGUGGGAAGCAAGAAGGAGUUCGGGCUCCUGUUGAAGUUCUUCACAGCCAUGGGGUAUACGGAGAACGUGGUGAGACGAGUCCUCGCCCGAACAGGACCCAAAGAGGCCUCGCAGAUUCUGGACCUGGUUCAGCAGGAACAGGACCACAAUGACCAGGAUCAGAAGCGGCAGCAGGCCAGGACUGCACAGAAUCAGAGCGAGAGGAACCGACCCUGUGAGACAGAGCACAGAGAGCGGGACAGAGCAGUCGGGGGUGCGGGUAAAGGAGCCAGUGCAAUGAGCAGCAAUGGAGGGAUGGGAGCAGAAGCAAGAAAAGAGAUCGAACAAGUUCGAGAGGAAGAGGAGGGUGCAGAAACGAAAGAAAUGAGGGAGGGAAGAAAUGAGGAAGACUUUGUCCUGGGAGUGUUAAAGAGAGCUGCAGCAAGCUGUGGGUACACGGAGGAGAAGGUAGCUGAGGUUUAUGGCAUGUUACCGGAUGCUGCCUCCACUCACCAGCUCCUCCUGCAGCUGCAGAGAGAGGGCGCCAGAGAGGCUGAACUCCAGAGGACUGAUCUGGUGAGAGAGGGACCAAGAGAGGUAGACGAUGUGGUGCUGGAGAGAGUGGGAAGAAGAGCUGCAAAUGACGUGACGGCCCGGCCUUUCACAUCUGCAGAAAACUGGGCAGAUGAUAGAGGAAGGGUAGAAAACAUAACCAUCACUGAUCCAGAGCGAGAUCUUUUCCCAUGGCAGCCCCAUGCCCAACAGCUCUCAACUAAUGAGUCCACCUCACGGACAAACCAACACCAGCUCUCCAAGCCAGAAACUCCCCACCAAACCAUCCCACCUGAAGUCAGAGGGCCUCCCCUUCCAACUUAUCCCCCAAGUCUUGAUCCCAAUCCCCAACCUGCCCACUUCCCAAAACAGCCCAAGGCCCAAUUACAGGUUGUACCACCUCCUUACGUCGCUCCUUUUCCUCCUGCUGUAAGCUUUGACCCUCCUCGACGCCCUAACAUGUCUGGGGACGACUCGUCUUCUGCGGCAGUGACAAGAAAAUGGAGUUUCCCAGCCAAUGCCUCAGGGGUGGUGGUGACAGGGGAACAGCGUUUCCUGGAGGGCCUGCAGACGCCCUUUAAGCUUAAACUCACCGACGGGCCAGAAGACCCAGAACUGACGAUGAUCAUCAUUGAUGGGAGCAACGUGGCCAUGAGUCACGGGUUGGGCCAUUUCUUCUCGUGCCGAGGAAUCGCUCUGGCUGUCCAGCACUUCUGGAACCGAGGGCACCGCCGCAUCAGCGUCUUGCUGCCACAGUGGAGACAGAAGAGGGACCCCAAGAUCAAAGAACAGCACUAUUUGAAUGAGCUGCAUGAGCUGGGCCUGCUGUCCUACACCCCCUCCAGAGAAGUCGAGGGCAAGAGGAUCAACGCCUACGACGACAGAUUUAUGCUGCAGCUUGCACAGCAGUCAGGUGGAGUGAUUGUAACAAACGACAACCUGAGAGACCUCUUGGUUGAGUCUCUCGUGUGGAAGGAUAUCAUCAAAAAAAGACUUCUUCAGUACACUUUUGUUGGGGAUCACUUCAUGGUGCCAGACGACCCCCUGGGCAGGGGAGGGCCACACCUGGAUGACUUCCUCCGCUCAAAGCACAGGCCUCCUGACCCAGGAAACCAUUCUUUUGCCGGCACGGCCUCCAACUUCCCUCCCUCCAAAUCUCCGCGUUCCCAAACGGAGCUGCUGCACUUCCGCGACCGAACACCGGUGGGGGCUCCAGAGCCAGAGCCUGCAGGGCGACGGGGGAAAGGCAGAGGGCAGGGCAGGGGGGGUCACCAGCAGAGGCAGCGGGGCGGUGGAGGUGCCGGGAUGGAGCUCGACGCAGUGAGGAGCCCGGAGGAAACCGCCAGGCUCAGGGAGGCGCUCUGUCAGGUUUUUCCAGGUCAGGAGAGCAUGGUGACGCUGGUGCUGCAGAGCUACGCCACGGAGAGGGACAUCAACGCGCUGUCCGACCUCAUGCUGGAGGAGCAGAGGAACUAGAAUGACCUUUUCUUGGUGGGAAACAAACAGAGAAAGGUUGUUUUGGCUCCCAGAGAAUCAAAUAAAAACGGGGUCUGCAUUCAGACAUCAAAGGAACAGCCUUACUUCAUUACCUGAUCUGUCCUGUGUUUAAAUUUUUCUAUGCAUUCAUAAUGUGAUGCACCAUGUGUAACGCCAGACUACAGCAGAGGUGGGCAAUCUUAUUGGUUCAAGGGCCAAAUAGAGAGUUUGUAAUUAAGGUCUCUAUACCAGUGUAUUUUCAAAUUCCUUUUUUAAUCAGUUGAUUAAUUAUUGCAAUGUCAUAUAGUCAGAGCUCAUCAAAGUGUUUAAUGUUACAGAUCAGUGGGAAAGUGGUGUUGUCCUCCCUUCCAGGUUAUUUAUGUCUGUUAUCCUCAGUACAGCAAGCAAAUGUUCAUCAGCUCAGUUUGAACAAAACAAGCAAGAUGCUGUGAAAACUGUACAUGCAGUGCCUGCAGUUUCCCACAAGGCUUCACAACAAGAUGCUGAUGGUUUUGUUUUUCACUCCAUGAAACUGAGUCUGGGCUUUUUGGGUUCAAACCAUUUAGAAAAAAUGAAGCAGGUGAUUGGAUCAACCAUCUGCCCAUCAUUAGCUGACUUGUCCAGUCCCACAAAUUAUAACCAUAUGGUGUAGUAUGAGAGGUGAGAUGUGAGACUGUAGCUUCUCACUGUCAUCAUCACCUAAGCCACGCCUGUAAUUCCUCAAAGAACCGCGACCGGUUCGCCCAUCUUGUUGCCUCUAAUCUAACGCCUCAGUUGGAGCGUGGCCAGAUGGUUUCAUGAGUCAAACGAAAAUGAACUCGCGAGAUCAGCUAGCUGUGCGAGGUUAAUAAAUCUCAGACUAGACAUUGCUCAACCUCACCGGGACGGUCUCACACUCAGCUGCUUGAGGUCCCACUUCCAUGAAGCCUGCAGGACCACAUCAUCUGCAAAGGUGCAACCCUGAGGUCAUCAUGCUGGGCAAUGUAUUUAACAGUCAUAGCUGAAUUGUGUUGCAAGGACAUUUGUUUGUGUACAGAUCUGAGACUACCGUUUUUAUGCCAAACUUUGUGCCUGAAAGGGACUUUUGAAAACCAGAAAUCUAGCAGCUACUAAGAGACCACUGACUUUUUAACAGUUGACCAGCAAUCCUGUCAACCCUCCGCAGACAUAUUUUGGUCAUUUUGUGCCAAAUCUGGAUUAUUGUCCCUUGAAGCAGGUUGUCUCUCUGUUUCUGUUUAGGUUAUGAUUCCUGUUUUUAGCGAGCUGAACAGAUUUUCAGGAAAGCUUAAGGAAAACCCAUGUUGAUGUGCACUGCAGCUUCUCACCUUCCUCAAAGGACACUGAUUGGUGUGGUCAUUUUGAAGCUUCUAGUGACACUUUGGUCGGCCACUUAUUGCAGUGUCAGCUGGCUGUACGGGCUUAACAUGCUGUCGGCAUCAGCCAGAAUUGUAAAUAGACAGAUCUGGAAAUAAAGGAGUUGUGUUUUCGGUGUG